AUGGAGUUCCUCGAAUGGCUUGGAAUUUUAACAGGCUUGUUCUUUGCAUUUCACAUCGGCCUUGCAGUUUACAAUGUGUUCCUUCAUCCGCUACGAAAUUACGCAGGCCCAAAGCUCGACGCAGCAUCCCAGCUUGUUUACGUAUACCAUAUGUUGAAAGGCGACAGCUGCAGGUAUAUCUCAAGUCUACACGAGAGAUAUGGCGAAGUUGUCCGUACCGGCCCGAAUGAAGUCUCAUACAUGACGGUUUCCGCAAACAAGACAAUCUUUGGAAGCAAGACGACCGAAGAAAUGGCAUUUGAAAAGAAUCCGGCCGUCUAUAUCCAGGGAUCUGGGGCAGCUCAGAACAUACUAUUCGCGAGUACUCGUGAGCACCCGCGUUUCAAAAAGCUCAUGGCACCUGCAUUCUCAGAGCAGGCUAUCAAAGAGCAAGAGCCGAUGAUCCAAACAUACACCAGUCUAAUGAUUGAUGCAUUGCGGUACAACCGGUCAGGAGAAGCUUACUAUCCCGACAAAGACGGGAUCGUGAAUAUGGGAGCUUGGGUCAAUUUCAUCAUCUUCGACAUUUUGAGCUCACUGUCCUUUGGGAAACCCGUGGGAUGUCUCCCUUCUGCUGACUAUCAUCCAUGGGCGUACGUGAUCUUUGGGGCAAUGAAACAUUCGCACUUUGUGCAGUGUGCUCAUAGGCUGAAGCCAUAUCACCACCUUCUACAAAGGCUUAUCCCAGACGAGAUCAGUGCCCCAUAUGAGACUCAUAUGGAGAAUGCUCGUAGAUACCUAAGAGAUAGGGAACAAGAAAAGAGCGUGUCUCGCGCGGACUUUGCAUCCUUCAUUUUGAAAGGAAUGACCGAGGAUGAACUUUUGGAUAACAUCAACAUUUUGGCUACAGCAGGAAGUGAGACCACUGCGACCACCAUCUCUUCAGCCCUCUACUACCUUGUUCACAACCCGGAGAGCUACCAGAAACUAGUCGAAGAGAUCCGAUCGAGCUAUGGAUCCGAGGACGAAAUCACAUUCAACUCCGUGAGCACCCUCGCUUAUCUCAAGGCUGUUAUUCAAGAGACUUUUCGCAUUCACCCGUCUGUUCCAGUUGGUUUGCACCGCAUUACACCCAAGUCAGGCAGCCACAUUGAUGGAAAAUGGGUACCAGGAGGGACAUGGGUCUCGGUGGCCCUGCUGGCGGCUUACAGAUCUCCGAAAUACUGGCGUCGUCCAGAUGAGUUCAUUCCAGAGCGAUGGCUCGGAGACCCCGAAUUCGAAUCAGACAACCGGCAAAUCUGGGCACCGUUUUCUAUUGGACCAAGAAAAUGCGUUGGAAUAAACCUGGCAUAUCUGAACAUGCGCCUGAUUAUUACUCGGCUGUUGUGGAACUUUGACCUCAAAGCCCGCCCAGACAAUGUUGAUCCACAUGAGAUGAAGGAGUAUGGGGUCUGGCAAGGUCUGGUUCCGCUGAACCUGAAGCUCCGUGAUGCACGCGCUGCCAAGUGA